AAGGCGAGAAGAAAAUCACCGAGAAGGUGGUGACUGGUAGGUUUUAGCACCCGUUUCGGUUCCUAGCAUCGCCGUCGCCAUCUGACCGUGUGCGCUAGGAAUGUCCAACUGCUCCGACUUCAUCUUGCUCAAGGAGGACCAUACCCUGGGCAACCUGCUCAGCGCCUACCUCAAGAUGGCACCCCACGUCAUGAUGGCGGGCUACAAGAUCGGCCACCCCAACGUGCCCGAGGUCCUCAUACGCGUACAGACGGAUGGCACCAUCACGCCUCGCGAGGCCCUCGUGACCGUGUGCAAGCAGCUGGUCGCCAUGUACGGCCAGCUCGGUCGCGAGUUCCAGAAGGAGCUUGCGCUCCGCCAGUACGCGGACCAGGGCGAGAACGGCGCUGGCGGCGGCCCUUCGUUCGGCGGGCCCUCAGGUGCCGGAGGCGCGGGUCAGAAUGGGUUCUAGUUAAGAUGAGUAGAAGGAGGA